GUUAUCUAUAGCGAAGACAAAAUUGACAGAUUGCGGUGGUGAAAUGUGUGUUGCAAACGUAGUGUUUUUCUAACCAAUAAAUUUUAUACGAAAGUAAGUUGUGGUCUGAUGUAAGAGUUCGUUUCCUUACUCUUCGCCGAGAAAUAAAUCUCUACAUUUCCAAUGGAUAUUUUAAAGCCAGAUUUAAUGUGGAUAGAAAAAAGAUGUUAUAGACUAAAUUUUCAAGAUUCGUCUUUCAAAGGGGAAGUGGAUGAGCAAUUUACGGAUGGGUUUGCAGAGGAAGAUACUGAGUGCCCAUUUGAAGAGCAGCGUGAUUAUUCUGAGAUUGAAACCAUAGAAAAUGGAACAUACAAAACAUCCCUUUCUGUACCACGAUUUUAUUUUGCUUUUGUGAUCGGUUCUAAGGGCGUGGUGCGUCGUCGACUCGAAAGUGAAACUAAGACUCAGAUUCGUGUUCCAAAACAAGGACAAGAUGGAUAUAUCGUUAUUACUGGUGGUACUAAAAGUGGGGUAUCUGCUGCGCGGAGGAGGAUCGACUUGAUCGUUAUGUCAGCACGUCAGAAGCAACAGUUUACUCACUUUAUUUCUGUACCUUUUAUAGGAGAUUCCAUAAGGAAGAGGUUUGUGGAAUUCAAGGAAAGCGUUCUUCAUAUUUGUAAGAACAGUCGAGGCAUUGACGCGUCUAUUUUUCAAACACCAGAGAAAUUGCACCUGACUCUUGGUACAUUGGUGAUCAUGGAUGCAGUCGAACGAGAAAAGGCAGCUCAGACUCUGGCGGAAUGCAAAGAGAGUGUUAUUGCACCGUUGCUGCAGAAUAGGCCGUUGGUCGUCUGUAUGGUCGGUGUUGAAUAUAUGAAUGAUGACCCCGCAGAAGUGGAUGUUCUGUACGGGAAAGUACGUGUUAAAGACAGGUCUCAGGUGUUGCAGCAGAUAGCCGAUCAAGUUGCAGAUCGCUUUUCGUCUAAAGGUCUGAUGCAAAAGCAGUACGAGCAAGUAAAACUACACGUGACGUUGAUGAACACGCGUUUCCGCAGUGAAGAAUCUGAGCCUGACAUAUCCGGAGGGAAGCGGAAACCUCGGGAAUCAUUCGAUGCCACGGGCAUUCUUAAGAAUUUUUGUGAUUUUGACUUCGGAGAACAGACCGUCGAUAGCAUACAUCUAUCUCUGCGAUUUUCUACGUCUGGCAGUAGCGGCUACUAUCAAGCCACUGCAAGUGUAAGCUUUUCGUGAAUAACAAAAAGAAUUUUGAGAAAUACGCGCUUACAGAGCGCACGACCAACCAAGGUGAGGUACGAGGAGACGGAGGCUUUGUUGUUUCGUUAACGUAAGAGAUUUUUAAAUUAUUUCAGUGUGAUGUGUUGCAAUGAGGUAAUGCAAUCAGUGAUGCUGAAUACUAUUACUUAACGAGUUGACGAUACUAGUGGAAACUAUUUCUUUUGCAUGUGCGUCCCAUGUCCCUUUCUUACUUCUCUGUAUCCUUUUUGUAUAUUUUAUCCCUCUGAAGUACUUCUUAAGGUGACCUAGUGAUAGCACCGCUUGUACAGUGAGAACGUGAUUAGUUGUCGUGCCUUCUCACGUGUCAAUAUGUUGACUGUUAUUAGAAUAACGUACAGCGUAAUAUUUGAAAUUUGUUGUUUGCCGAAUGCACAUUAAACAUGAUGCACUGUGCAAAGAAGUGUAGAGCUGAAAACGUGUUGAAAGAAAUUAACCUUGAGGAUUGUUACCACUAAUAUUCAUGCUCGCUGCGUACAAGUUGUAAGAUUUUUUCGUAACGUUGUCAGCUUACGUGUUUUAUGCCGGGUCGGAGGUCUGUACUUCACCUCGUGGUGUUUGAGAAUCGCAGUAAACAGUCGCUGUGACGCACACACACGUACCAGUAGUUUUACUACCGGUUGUGAAAACAUGAGUGUCUUCGUCAAACUUUAGUUGCCUACAAAAAUUAAUUUAACAGUAAUAAAUAAAUAGAACAGGAAAGAACCAACCAGCUCUCAUU